AUGAGAAACCACACAGCCAUAAACACCUUCAUCCUCCUGGGACUAACAGAUGACCCGCAACUGCAGAUUCUGACUUUCAUACUUCUGUUCAUCGCCUACUUGUUGAGCAUAACAGGGAACAUGACCAUCAUCCUCCUCGUGUUAGUGGAUUCCCACCUUAAGACGGCCAUGUACUAUUUUCUCCAAAAUUUUUCCUUCUUAGAAAUUUCAUACACUUCUGCCUGCAUUCCCAGGUACUUAUACAGUCUAUCAACAGGUGACAGGACCAUUACCUACAGUGCUUGUCUAAGUCAGCUAUAUUUUAUUUAUGUGUUUGCAAUAACACAAUUUUUUCUCCUGACCGUCAUGUCCUAUGACCGGUACGUGGCCAUCUGCAAACCCCUGCACUAUGUGACCAUCAUGAACCGCAGGGUCUGCAAAAUUCUUGUCUUCUGCUGUUGGAUGGUGACUUUGUCAUUGAUUUUCCCAGUAUACAUUUUGUUACUGGGCUUGGAGUUCUGCGACUCCAAUGCCAUCGACCACUUUGGCUGUGAUGUUCAGCCUUUGAUGAAGAUCGCAUGCUCAGAUACUGGGCUCGUAGAGCGGAUGGUAGUUGUCUUUUCUGCGCUGAUCUUCAUCCUGACUCUUGUGUGUGUGAUUUUGUCCUAUAUUUAUAUCAUCAGAACAAUCCUGAGGUUCCCGUCAGCCCAGCAAAGGAAGAAGGCAUUUUCCACCUGCUCUUCCCACAUGAUUGUGCUUUCGAUCUCCUAUGGCAGCUGCAUUUUUAUCUACACUAAACCGUCAGCAAAAGAUGACAUGACCAUGAAUAAGGGAAUUAUACUAUUGAAUAAUUCCAUCUCCCCCAUGUUGAACCCAUUUAUUUAUACUCUGAGGAACAAACAAGUGAUUGAAGCCUUUUAUAACUUAGUGACAAAAUUAUACCCCUCUCAAGCCAUUAGAGGAAUAUUGAAGGUGGGAACUUACAUCCCUGAAUCAGACACAAGGUUAGAAGCUAGGACACAACCAGACAAUGAAAGACAAGAAGCAAGUGUUGGGGACGAUGUGGAGAAGAAGACUGGUACGCUGUUGCUGGCAAUGUACAUUGGUGCAGUCAUGGAGAGGAAUUGUUUUCCAGACUUGCAAAGAGUGGAGUGUCUGUUUGGGAAUCACGGAGACCUGCUGUCAAAUAUGUCUUGUAAGACGUGGUUCAACUCCAGUGGGAUUCCAGGAAACGGCUUUCCAGACCACGAGACUGGAUAUUUUCAGUCAGCCAAGCCGGUAAGGAAACGGCUCUCCAGCCCACGAGACUGGAUAUUUUCAGUCAGCCAAGCCGGUGUGCUUGUAAUUGUUGAGGUUCAAGAAUUCACACCAAACAAGUGA